UCGUUAAAUCUAGAACAUAGUGCAACUAUAUAGAGGUCAUUCCCGUGUGCAGCUAGCAGACGAUGAUUACGUAAUGUCAAGACGACAAGCUUGAUUUAUUGAAAAAUGGCUGAUCUGAAUGUUUGCAAUUUUGUCUGAGACUAGGAAGUUAAUAUUCCGGACAAUAUGUGUGAGGUCAUUCCUACAGUGACCAUCAAGGAAGAGCCGGACCCUAUCGCAACAUGUUGUGAAUUUAUCAAUCCAAAAAUAACAAUUAAAAAAGAACCAAUCGAAAGAGACAAUGUUAUAAAUGAGCAAAGUAAUGGAUCUGAAAAUACAGUCAGCAUAAGCGACGUAGAAGACGAGGACGACGAUUUAUCAUCCCCGUCUACUGUCGGCUCGCCAACAGAUUUCGACUGUUCAAUUACCGGUGUUAUUCUACCAAGUAUAGCUUUACCAUUGUAUCCUAGUAACAUUCCAAGAUGUGGAAACCGUCUAACAACUAUUACAUCAAAAAAAGCCAAGAAACCUGAUCCAGAUGGUCAUAUACUUUGUAAAAUAUGUGGAGACAAAGCUUCCGGUUUCCAUUAUGGAGUUUUCUCAUGUGAAGGAUGUAAGGGAUUUUUCCGUCGCUCUGUCCGUCAGAAUCUAGUCUACAAACCCUGUUCUACUCCAAAGAGAUGUCUUAUCAUGAGAAUCAGUAGGAAUCGGUGCCAGUUCUGUAGGAUGCACAGAUGUAUAGAUUCGGGAAUGUCACAUGAAUCCGUACGAUUAGGAAGAUGUCCGAAAAAGGAUAAACCAUCAAGAUUUAAUUUCUUCAAGUUACCACAGGGGGCUGUAGGAACAGAUGUAGAGAAACAAAUCCGAACGGAACAAAUGAUCCUUUGUAUACACGAGGCCUUCCGAGGAGCACGAAAAGAGUUUGAUUUGUUUACUGAUAAAUACAGUUCAGCUCCAAUAAUUCCGGUGCAAACAGAUUCCGACGCUAAAAAGUUGUGCUCGAGAUUCUUGCCAGCUAUGGUUCUAUUCACAACAUACUUUGCAAAGGAUAUUCCAGAAUUCACGAGACUUCAAGAAACCAAUCAAAAACUAUUAAUACGCGAGAGCUUUAUGGAGACAUGCGCAGUGCUUUCAUCUCACAGUUCCGAUGUUGAUUCUUAUGAUCUCAUUGCAGAUAAAUUUAGAUAUUAUGUUCACCAUGAAACAUGCUAUAAAAUGGGACCAUUUGGUGACUUUUUUCAUAAGAUGUUCACUACUAUUCAAAAACUACGCAGUUUAGAAAUGACAGAUGUGGAGUUAUCUAUCUUGGCGGCCGUUAUAUUAUUUUGUCCAGAUCGUCCAGGAGUAGGAGAAUCUUUUCAUUUAGAGAAAAUGGAAGAAGACUUAACAUUAGCUUUGAAAUGUCAAUUUUUAUUGAAUCAUGGUCAAUGUGAUAAACUCUUCCCAAAGACUGUUGAAAUUCUUGUUGAUUUACGUAGUAUUUCUACGAUGCAUUCCGAAAAGAUUCUUAAUUCUACAGUUGAAGUUGAUAGCGAUGAUUGACAACGGUAACAGAUUUGAACAUACCAAACGAAAACAACGUCACUUGAUUGGUUGAAUUUCAAUUGUUUGCAACGUCACGUUCAUGUAUAAGCUAAUCACGGCGUGUUGAUGUACGCUUUUGAAAAUAUUACCCAGAAUGCAUUAUAUACUGAAACGGCGAAUAAAAUGGUAUUUGUACAUUAUGUAUCUGUAACAAAGUUACCACUGAUUAUAAAAUUGGAAUCAAUUUAGGAUGCAUUAUUCGGUUAUGUACUAAAACGUUUUGUUGGUAUAUAUUGUUGAUUAAAGUUGUUGAUUUAAUAAUAGGGUAAAAUUAGUUAAACUAUUUUUUAGUAUUGUCUUUCCAUAUUAUUCAGAAUUCUGUAAAAUACCGAAAUACUCAAUAUUAAUUAUUUUAGGUAAAAAAACGUUCAGUUCAAUUUCUAAUAAAAUAAGAUGCCAAGUUAACCAAAUCAUAAUGAUUGAUGUUAAUUUUAUUGAAAUGUUAAAAAGCAGUUUUGUUGUAUUUGUUUUGUUUUGCUUGUUUCUUUUCUUUAUUAUAAAAAAACGAACUUAUAAAAUACGUGAUAAAUCGUUAUAUGGAAGCAACCAUUUAACUUCAAAAAGGGGGGGGG